AUGACGGUAGUGCUGCAGUCCGACGCCGAGUCGCUCGUGUCCCCCGCCACCAAGACCAAACAGCCGCGCUACUCCACAUUCGCCAGCGUUAACGAUGAUCUCGAUCAGAGCAAGCAGAAGCUGCGCACUGCGCACUCCACACCGGGCACGGCGUCACUCUGGUCGCGUCUCUUCUUCUCGUACGCCAACCCCAUGAUGCGCGCCGGCAACACGCGCCAACUGGACAACGACGACCUAUGGGAACUCGAGGGAGAGAACCGCUCAGCCACAGCCUUCGACGAGUUCGUGGUGCACUACGAGCGCCACGACAAGUCCAUCGUCAAGGCCAUGAUGACAGCCUACGGAGGGAGAUUCUUCCUCUGCGGACUGGCAACACUCUUCUCAACCGGUUGCAACGUCUUCGCUCCAGCUGUCCUGAACCACGUCGUCACGGUGUUUGCAGCACCGCAGAUCGAUAUGCCCAACCUCUGCAUCUGGCUCGGCGUCUUCUUCGCCUCGAGACUUGUGAACGCAAUCGUGAUAUCGCAAAUGCAUUUUUACCUCGAAUUAAUCGCGCUACGUCUAACGGUGACACUCAAGGCGCUACUGUUCAGGAAGGCCAUGCGUCGUAGUAUACAGAGCAAAGGCGAAUCCAAGUCCGUGGACAUCUCCAACCUCUUUUCUUCGGAUGUUGACAACGUGCUGUGGGCUGCCUUCCAGAUCAACAGUCUGUGGGUUAUUCCGCUUCAGAUUGUGGUAGUAGUCUACAUGUUGUACGCCGUCAUUGACCUCGCAGCGUUUGCCGGACUGGCAGUCAUUGCAGUGUCGAUGCUGGUGGGUUUUAUUAUCGCUAAAGUAUCGGGAAACACGUUCGAAGACAUUAUGACGCACAAGGACGACCGGAUGAAGACCAUCAAGGAAGUGUUCAAUGCCAUCCAGAUCGUCAAACUCAACGCGUGGGAAGAAAAAUUCGCCGACAAGAUCCACAAACUGCGCGCUACGGAGCUCUCAGCCGUCAAGAAGUUUAUGUACCUGGGGGCUCUGAACAUUUUCGUGCUGUGGGCUUCUCCUAUUGCCGUGUCGGCCGUGUCUUUUGCUGUGUACGCGAUUGUGAUGGAGAAGACGCUGACGGCAGCGAAAGUGUUUACUGCUAUUGCGCUGUUCAACGCUCUCCGAGACCCACUUCGCGACUUGCCUACGGUUAUCCAGACGUGCAUUCAAGCCAAGGUUUCACUCGACCGGUUCUCCGAUUAUCUUGCACUGGAUGAGUUCACUCCUGCAAACGUUACCCGACACGACCCGGCCCAGCCUGAUGAUGUUGUGAUGACAAUUGAAGACGGCACUUUCGGAUGGACGAAGGAUACACCACUACUCAGCCAGGUUAACCUCACUGUGAAGAAGGGAGACCUGGUGAUCGUUCAUGGAUCUGUCGGAAGUGGCAAGUCCUCCUUGUGCUCAGCUUUAUUGGGAGAGAUGGACAAACUAGCAGGUAGCGUGUUCGUACGCGGUCGUGUCGCCUACUACUCGCAGCAGACGUGGAUCCAGAACAUGACGAUCCGUGACAAUAUCCUGUUCGGACUACCGUAUGAUAAGGAGAAGUACUCCAAAGUGGUCGCUGCGUGUGGUCUACUUCCAGACCUGAAACAAUUCCCUGGUGGCGAUUUGACGGAGAUUGGCCAGAAGGGUGUCAACUUGUCUGGCGGACAGAAAGCGCGAGUCUGUCUUGCUCGUGCGUGUUACUCAGACGCUGACAUCUACUUACUGGAUUCGCCAUUGGCGGCUGUCGAUGCGAUCGUGCAGAGUCAAAUAUUCGGUGACUGCAUCUGCAAUCUGCUGGCGGAGAAGACGGUCGUAUUGGUGACACAUAGCGCUGACAUCAUUGCCUGUAAAGCUGCCAACUUGAAGGUGCUGGUAGAAGGCGGCAAACUGACGGCUACUCGACAAGACGUGGCUCUACCACGUAGCUCGUUUAGACUGCCGACAUCUCGUUCUACGAUGGCAGAAGCCAGUCAUGACGUAGAUAACGGAAAGAACGACGCCGGCAGACUCGUUGAUGACGAGGAGCGUGAAGAGGGCCGAGUGUCCAAGGAGGUAUUCGCGAAUUACUUCAACUCCUUAGGCGGUGUCAAAGUGUGCGUUUUCUUGUUCGCCGUGCAGACUUUGUGGCAGGUUUUCCAGAUUGGCAGUGAUCUGUGGUUGAGCCAUUGGACGGGUCAGAAGAGCGGCUCGUAUGAUCAGAACGAGACUGCAUACAACGUCAAGGUGUAUUCGUUGCUUGGCGCGGGUGCAGCCGUCAUGGUUUUCGUCCGGUCAGCUACAGUAGCAGUUGUAGGUCUCCGAGCCUCGCGUCACCUCUUUGACAACAUGACGGUGUCUCUGUUGAGAGCCCCACUCCGCUUUUUCGAUGCGAACCCGAUCGGACGUAUUGUGAACCGAUACGGUGACGAUAUGUCUGCUGUGGACUUCAUGAUUCCGUUCGCAUUUGGAGGAUUCCUCGCCAUGUUCUUCUUCACGGUGUGCCAACUAGCGACUGCUGUGUACACCAUGAACUUCUUGGGGUUCCUGAUCAUCCCACUGGUGUGGAUCCACGUGACGCAGUCGGAAGAGGGAGUUGUGGUGAUUCGCGCGUUCGGUCAGGACACCGUUGACCGCAUGAUCACGGAGAACUUUAUUCGCAAUGAUGUGAACAGCAAGGCUUGGUUCGCAUGCAGCUUCUGGGCUGUGGCGUCAUCUUUCUAG